AAUGACCAAUUACGAUUACAUAGCUGUGGCUCAAAAAGCCGGCGAAGAGGAAUCUCAAUCAGAUUCAUCGCUUUGCUGUUGCGAAUAUAUCGAUCGUGACAAGCAACGUUUUCAUAUCCUUGGCUGUUGUUGUAACUGUGUGGAUUUGGAUAGUGUUUUUACCGACCUAAUUACCUGUCGCAAAGUAAACGCUUCCAAUAAGCGUAAUAUGCUUUUAACAUUCCAAGAUCGUUUACGUUUACCCUGGAGAGGUGGUGCCAAACGUAUUUCCAUGGAGGCCAUAAUACCGGGUGCUGUAUACCCAUUGGUUUUGGGUCUUGCCGCCCUUAACGAAGUGACAUCGUAUAUAAUGUUGGGCUCAAUUGUUGUCUUCUUGGGAUACGCCCAUCAGUAUAUCAAACGCAACAAUGUAAAGACGCGAUUCUUUUACAUGUGGCUAUGGUGGUCAGUAGUGUAUAUGGUUGCGGGGUUGCAGUUUGCUGUACCGCUAUUGGAAUUACUACCCGAGGAGAAUUUCAUCUUAGUUGUAAUGGGCUGUGCCAGUGUAUAUUUUAUGUGGCAAACGAAAAAACAUGCUGCCGCAUGCCAUGAUAUUCCCAGUCGUUCGACAGAUGAUGAUCUAGCUGAUAUAACCGAAGCAACAGCAGCCGAGGAAGAAGAGGAAGCCGCCGCUCACACUGCAUUGUUGAUUGACAAUGAUUCACCAAUCAGAUCUCAAAAGAAUCGGGCGAAUUCCCAUCAGACAAAUAUGUGUCACGUAUGUCGUAAAUAUGUCUCAGCCCGUACCAUACAUUGUCAUGUUUGCAAUGCCUGUAUUAUGAUGCAGAGUCAUCACAGCUAUUGGCUGGAUUGUUGUGUGGGACAGUAUAAUUUGCGUUACUACAAUGCCGGAAUGAUUAUGAGCAUACUGACACUAUUCUUUGGAGUAUAUUUGACAUUGACAGCAAUUUGUCAUCCACAAUUAAUUGGUCGUAUUUGGAAUAUCCCAGUUACAAUGCCAGACGAUUGCAGUGAGGUAUUUGAUGAGUAUACUUUGGGUACAUCAUAUGUAUUGUCCCUGUAUGCUAUAAUGAUGAUAAUCUACCAGCUAGUCAGUUUGAUGUUACAGGUUAUUAAAUGCACAAGAGGACCGAUGUUUUUCAUAUUCGGUGAUGUAUCUCAACCAUUUUCGAAAUUUUAUAAAAAACUAAGCACAUAA